AUGGCUGAAGUCCUUAAAGAAAUCCAAGAAAGGGAUUUACCCGAGUAUGAAGCCAUCAAAUCGAGUGGCAUUUGCACGGAGGAGGAACUACGAAAACUCAUGGUUGAACGUGAACGCUUUGAAGUGAAAUUGAUUCAAAGUAAAAAGAAUAUCAUCAAUUAUAUUGAAUAUAUACAAUUUGAAAAGAAUACCCAUAAAUGGGUAACGGAGAAGGAGACCCAGCUGCAUUGCUCCCUGCCAGAUGUCAAGAGAUCGAUAAUUCAGCGCAUUAUUAAACUCUAUCGCAAUGGUACACAACAAUUCCCCCAAGAGGAACGUAUAUGGAAAAGUUUCAUACAAUUUAGUAAAAAAUCCAAUGCGGGACAGGUGUCCGGUAUCUAUGAGAAAAUGUUGGGGUAUCAUGGCGACAAGGACACAGUAUGGUGUGAUUAUGGUCUGUGGGCAUAUGAAUUUACGCAACAGCUGAAACAGGUCACUGAAAUAUUCUUUAGAGCCCUGAAACGUCAUCCCUCCUCCGAAGUUAUCAAUUUGGCAUUUUUCGAUAUAUUGAUAAAAGAAACGGCCCGCAUCACAGAUGUUAGUAAUGCUAUUGAUCUUAUGGAGAGGCAAUUGGGUUUGGAAAGAGCUGUUCUGCUAUAUCGUAAUACAAAAACAAAAAUAAAGAAUGUCAGUUACUACCUCAAACUGCUGGAAAGAUGUGAAGAACCCACCUACAUUAAUUGUACUGUACUGCUACAAAAGGAAAUCAUUGAAGAUAUUAUGAAGAACUUUUUCGCCGAACCAAUGGUUUGGGAUUUUUUGGCACAGCGUGAAUUGCGUGGUUAUAAUAUGAUUGAUUUACAAGAAGUGACUUCGAAGCAGGUUGCUGAAUUGCAGGAACAACAAAUGCAAACAGAUGGUAAUAUGCCACAGGAGACUAUUUGGAAACCGCAUAGCCUUAAGUUACGUAUUGAGUUGUGUUUUAAGGUUUAUGAAAAAGCAGUGGCGGCUCUGCCCACCGAAGAGAUGUGGUCAUAUUUUAUUAAUGCCAUGCUCGAUUUAAAUCAAGAUGUUAAGUCCGAGGGUGAUGUUAAACGCUACUGUUUGGCCAAGGCCUUCAAUAUGGGUCACAAGUCACAGCUCAUGAGUGUGGUCCACUAUCAGGCUUUGGUGGAAAUGUUACUAAAAUCUCCAAAUGGCCAGACGCAAAUUGAAACGAUAUUACAAGAAGCUUUGGAAUAUAAAAAGGCAGAAGCCCAUAAAAUCUAUGAGUUGUGGAUGCAGGUUUAUAGUAAAACUUCCAAUGAAUCGAAAUUCUAUGAAAUCUUUUGUCGAGCCAACAAAGAAUUGGGUGUAACCCGCUGUAUACAGCUAUGGCAUUUGGCCAUUAAAUUCUACGAGGCCUACAGCGAAGAACAUGGCAAAAAGUUGUUGGUCAUACUGCAGGAGGCUGCCAAACAAAUUCAUCCCGAAUUUGCAACAUUCCGUUCAUAUUAUUUGGAAUACACCAUGCGUAAUGAAACGUUGAAGAGGACGCGGGAGCUAUACGAUGAAAUGUGUCAAAUGCCACCGCCAUGUUUGGAGCUGCAUAAGAAAAUGGCUGAAAUUGAACUGCAGGCUAAGACGAAGAACUCCAACAUUUCCCGCCUACGUUUGUGUUAUGAAAAUGCCGUGCACUACUUUGGCAAAACCAACACCGAUGUUUGGUUAGAUCUGCUGAAAUUUGAACGUGACAUGGGCGAUUUUAAACUAAUGUCAGUUAUCUAUGAUAGAGCAAAGUCUACAUUGGACCCGGAAUUGGUUGAUUCAUUUAUUGCCGAAUAUUCAUUGUUGAAAGUUUUAAAAUGACAUU